AGCUCGCUCGCUCUGCCUCCUCGCGACAUGGCCUGGGGGCUUCUGAUCGUCGUGUGGCCUUUGCUGCAGCAGCUGCUGGCGCAGGUGACCAUGACAACAAGGGAGACCCUGUGUGACCCAGGCUACUACCUCACCGAGCUGUUCCAGGAGGGCCGCAGCGUCAGAGCGUGCAGGGAGUGUGAGUCUGGGACGUUCAGGUCCCACCCCAGUGCGGAGACCAGCUGCGUGCACUGCGCCCUCUGCCGCGACGAUCAGGAGGUGGUGGUUGAGUGCUCCCCGACCUCCGACCGGCAGUGCCAGUGCAAGGAGGGCCGCUUCUACUGUGACUCGGGGAGCUGCACGGAGAGCUGCUUCCGCUGUAAAAGAUGUGAAGGCAGCACCGUCCUUCAUCCAUGCAAUGCCACCAGGGAUACAGUUUGUGCCACAGAAAGUAAUCCAAAGCCAGGAAUCUCAAGCUGUUGGUGGGCACUACUUGUGCUCCUCCCCAUCUUCGCCAUCCUCAGCAUUCCCAUCACCCUUCACAACCAUAGCAAAAACGCCGAGAUAAUGAUCCAGGGCGCGGCGCCGGGAAGCCUGCCUGCCAGGCUGGCUCCAGCCCCCUCCCAGGGCCGGGUAGCCUUUCACGGCCCCCUUUCCUUGUACCUCAGCAUCAACCAGUCAGUGGCUUGUGCCAAGUGCAUCAGGCAUUCUGUGACCCCACGGUACCUGGUGUGA